GAGAGCUGUGUGUAUCCGUUGGAACAGCAUUUGUGCUUAGUACGCUCUGGAACGUUGAAUUGAACACAUCAACAUUUUUGAAUUUCAUUCGUUUGCUAUAUAAUAUCAUUGGCACCGUCAAAAUCAAUUUUCGGUCAACAUCAAACGAAUUUUUUUCCGUCAAAUUCUACACAUUUCAACGAUUGCUCAAACGCAAGAAAAGGACUGCGAUUGCACUUUAUUUUCGCGUGUAUAUUUUAUAUUACAUUGUGUUCUUGUGUGUUUUUAUUUUAAUUCGCUGUACUUUAGUGGAAUUCGUUGUUUAUUUUUUAAUUUUUAAGAAGAAUGUUCCGUUUUUGUCAAAGUUCAUCUUCCGAUGAUCAACUGAGUAUUUGAGGAGAGCGAAAAAAAAAUUGAGCAAAUGUAUCAGCUUAUCCAUAAUAGUCGAAUGUGGCAAGCGUAGCACAUCUUUUUUUUGGGUUUAAGUUGUGUGUUUUGGACAAGUCCCCGCGAUCGGAUUGAAGAAUUCAACGCUGUGUUGUGGUGGUGGUGGUGGUGUUUAUUUUCGGUCGCUUUACAGGAUUUACUAUCGAACUACUUUCGCAUUAAUGGCUUUGGACAGCAAAACAAUUAAAGAGGAAAUACUCGAUAAGGAUAUCUAUGAAGCGAAUGCGAUUCGAUCAAAGGGUAGAACACCUGAUUCGCCCGAAAGUGUUCGGGCGGUCGCACCGCGAUCCCCAAUUUCACCAAAGGUACAAUAUACAAGUUUGGCACUGCAACGAACGGCCAGCGGAAGCACGUCACCCAUUCAGAAAGGUGGAUCACCACCGCAAACAUCAUCGGCCGCAUCAACACCACAAGCUGCAACACCAAUUCUACAAACUGACCCAUCCAAAGAACUGAGCAAACUACGCAAAUUCUUAGGCGCUCUAUAUCAAUUCGGCCAGGACACCAGCACCGAAUGUGGCGAUCGCGUUCGUUCACUCAUUUUGUCACUUGUUAGUGGUGGCUUAUCGACCGAAGCGUUCAAGCAAGCUUUACAGGAAUCGGUAAAUUUUCCACUCAGGCCGUACGUGUUACCAUUUUUGAAGUCACAUAUUCCCGUGCUCAAGAGGGAUUUAGCAAAUUUAGCCAAGGCCAGCAAUCAGGCAAUUUUACAGUACAUUCGAUCGAAUGAAGCGAGCGUUUUUGAAUUUGUCAAUGCAUCGGCCGAGAGUUCAUCGUCCGACAUUUUUAUGCCAAGCGAAGGUGCCAAAAACGGAAACGAACGACACCAACCGUCAAACGGAAAUUCAAGACUACUUUUAAAGCGUCGCACAUCUGAAGGAGUCUACGACCAUCAGAAUCCAUUACAUGAAUGGUCUGAUUAUAUGCACCCAUCGAAGCGUUCACAUAUAAUGAUGAACACGUCAGCUGCCAACGGUCACUUAUUCACCAAUUACCCUAGUUUAUUUGAUUAUUCAACUGCACCAGCAUCACACCUAGAACCAUUCGCAAACAGUUUAGACAAGAACCAGAAUAACUUAAGAGAAGAUCGUGACAUUCGUAGUUCAAACAAUGGCGCCACCAGUGCAGCAAGUGUCAACACACUUACUUCAUCGGCGGCGACCAGCGAUGUUCAUCGAAACAAUGGAAGUGUUGGUUCAACGGGCAGUUCAGCUGCAGCAUCUUCAGUGGUUGCAAAUCGUGGCGAAGAAGAGUGGAAAAACAUUCAUACAAUGUUAAAUUGCAUAUCGGCCAUGGUUGACAAGACUAAGCGGGCCAUCACCAUUUUGCAGCAAAGAGGUGUUGAAACUUCAAGUGCUGCACAGUCCAAUCCACAGCAUGCGGACACAUCCAUGGCUGAAAUUAAGCGGCAAACUGAAGAAAAAGUGGCCGAAUUCCGACGAAAUGCCGAAGAUGCAGUGAAUCAAGUGAAACGACAGGCGGUCAUGGAGAUUCAGCGAGCGGUGGCAGCGGCCGAAACGCGAGCGAUAGAGAUGAUGGCACAAGAACGGAUUAAAUUGGAGAAAAUGUUUGCCGAUUAUCACAAGAGCGCCACGGAAGAAGUGGCGGAACGUUUAACGCCGCCAAGCAUCGGUACGCAGAAUACAUGCUGGAAUUGUGGACGUAAAGCCAAUGAAACAUGCUCUGGUUGCAAUUUGGCCCGGUAUUGUGGAUCAUUUUGCCAACACAAGGACUGGGAGCAACAUCACCAGGUGUGUGGCACAACAGUGCGCUUAGAUGCGAAUGGUCAUAAGCAUGCGACGGUCCGAAAUCCUUUAGUGAAAAUCCCAUCGACGCGUACAUCACCACCGCUGACGGCGGUGCAGUCUCAGCAGUCACAAUUGUCAUCGUCGUCAUCGUCAGCAGCUGCAUCACAAUCGGUAGCCGCCGUUGCCACACAGCAAUCGUCAUCGAGUAGUAUUGCCGCCGUGAAAUGACGCCAUAAACUGAAGCGAAAAAUCUACCUGUAGCUAUUUAAACCUAGUCAAAAGAAGAAUAAAAACAAAAUCGGGAAAAAAUGCGAAAGAGAAACAAACAAAAUACAUACAAUGCAAACUAAUACACGAAUAAAAAGAAAAAACAAAAAAAUUCCAGUGUAAUAACCAUUUUAUUAUUUCAAUAAUUUAUAAGAUUGCACCAGAGACACACACAAAGACAGAUUGAGAGAGAGUAGAAAUUGAAAAGGAUCAUGUCAUUAGUAUCAAAAUUAUUUUUUCUCCAUAAGUAGACAUUGUAGAUUGAAUCAAGCAAGCAAAAGAAGAAUCACGUACAAUUAUAUUGGACUCUUUUCAAGCAAAACAAAAACCCCCUAUGUAUUGAAAAUUAUCACUGAUUAAAAGCGAAAUCAAUACGAGCAAUAAUUGCUCGCAAAAUGAUGACC